ACCCCCAAAAAUGGGGGUUUAUGGUGCACCAAGCCCUUUUUACCGCGGGCCCACUUCAAUUUAUUAUAAGAUUAUUUUAAGAAACAAUGGAAGAUUACGUUUAUGCCCCUGAAUCAUAUUUUCACUUUUCUCUUUCUCUUUCUCUUUCUCUUCGUCUUUCUCUUUCUCUGAGGAAGAAGGAUCCUCUUCUCCAACGAUCCUCUUCUCCACCCACACCACCGGCGAACUCAUCUUCUCUUCUCCGCUCACCCCCGACGAACUCAUUGACUUCAGAGAAAUCCAACAUGAAUAGAUCACGUAUUUCAGUAGAAGCUCCUAAACGAUUGCCAAUUACCGACAAAUGGAUACAAAUGGAAUUCAAAGCAGAAAAGUUUUACUAUUCCUAUAAGAGGAUGAGACAUGAGUCAUCUUAUGGAAAUGACGAGGACUUCCAUGCUGCAUUUUAUGAAGGAAAGGACAAAAUCUAUUUUCCUACUUGUUGGUAUCAAAGACAUGCUCCCCGUAUUGGGGAAACUGUAGUAAUCAAAGAUGAACAUGGGAACAACUUUAUUGCUUUUGUAAACAAAGGUGACAAACCAUACCUAGAGUUUAACCAAACAAAACUCAGGUUGAUGUACCAGCUAACAGUUUUUGGUUUAAUUAAACUAAAGUUAGUUGAUGAAAAUAAGUUUGAGAUGAAAGUUAUGGGACAUUACCUAGGAAAAAUAGACACAAACGAUCCAGCUAAAUAUUAUGGUCAUUGGGGUUAUGAUCCAAUGUGGAUUUUGGAGAUUUCUGAAUCCAUGGCAACAGAAGGGAAACCUUUGAUGAUACCUGACUCUGUGGUGGAUAUCAUUUACCACGGCUCAGUAGCUUAUGAGCUUGAGGUGUCCAUCUCCGAGACAACUGAAUGCUAUACUUGGGAAGUGCAACAUACGGGUGUGAAUUUUCUAAUAGCGGGUGGAUGGGUCGAUUUUUUAAAGAACCAAGUCAAAAAAGGGAUUAAGAAAAUGUUUUUCUACAACGAUGGUGCAAAAUCUACCGUGAUUUUGAGAAGUACUGAUGGCUGCUGGGCUUGGAGCUGAAGCUGCUAUAGUUAGGCUGUGGGGAUUUGUGUUUAGGAGUUAUUAUUCCCUUUUAGUUUGUAAUUAAGCUAGUUGGAACUUGUAUGGUGUUGCACUGUCAUCUAACUUAGUUUGUGGUUUAGGAUUUAUUUUUCUUAUUUAAUGUUUCUGCUAUGUAGUAUAUGGAAGCUACUGUUUGUGCUUGACCAUUUUGAAUUAAAACUUUGUUAUAAAUCAAAUAUCUAUAUAGCUAUUAAUGAAAACAUGA